UCUUUAAGGUUGAACAUGAGCGAAGAUUUCAUAAAUCUUCUAUGGCUUUAUUGAAAUGCAUUAAAUGAAUCUAUUCAAGCUCCACAUGUUUCAAAAACUAUCAAAAACAUCCCUUCUGUUUUGGAGUCCGUGUCCAUCUCACUAUCUCUGGACAGCGAAAGGCGCGAAACCCCAAUCUUACCCAUAAUAUUUCCUGCAAAAUUUUAUAUGAAAGUUAAUCCAAACCCUAAUUUUAUUCCUAAAAAAAGUCUAAUUUAUAUCUAAAUUUACAAAUAAAUCUCAAAACUUAUUCCAAAAUUCGAAAUUUAUCAACUAAAAGCUUUACUGCUGUUGCUGUCGUCACCAUCGACCAACGCCACCGCAGAAGAAACGCUCCUCCACCACAACCACCGUGAUUUUUAAGACUUUAGAGAUUUGUGUUGAUUUUUUAGCACUGACAGUGAUGGGAGUGAUAAAAAACGGCACCGUUUCUGGCAAUUUACCAAGCAAUGAAACCUUUGCUGUUCACUAUCCGGGCUAUCCUUCUUCGACGUCACGUGCCAUCCAAACGCUUGGAGGAACUGAGUCACUUCUCAAGGCCCGUAGUUCAAAAUCUAACAAGUUGGAGCUCCAUUUUCGCCCAGAGGACCCAUAUUCACGUCCUACAUUUGGAGCACUUAAUUCUUGUAACAGCUUUCUGUUAAAAAUAUCUAAAAAUAAGUCUUCUGAUGGCCAAAGUGCUGAACCGUCUUGCAAGAUGUUGAAACAUCCGUUGCCUGAGACAACUAAUAAUGGAAAUAGUCAAGUUUGUCAGCCUGAAGGCAAAUCAGUUUCUGCUGGCAAAGAAGUUGAUGCGCAGUUAUCAGAAGAAGACAAUGUAAACCUUUCAGCUGAUAUUGUUGCUAGGGUCUCUGAGGGUUACUAUUUUGAUGGCAUGGCUGACUACCAGCAUGUUGUUGCCAUUCAUGCUGAUGUUGCUAGGAGGAAAAAAAGAAACUGGACAGAAAUGGAGGAGAAACAUUUUGAGAAGGAUGGUCUCAUGAAUCUGGACGAGGAUGAUGUGAUGAUGAUGCUGCCCCCAUUUUUUGCACCUAAGGAUAUACCAACAAAUUUAGUGUUAAGACCAUCAGCCCUUCCUAGUUCAAAAAAGAAAGAAGAAGAAGUUGUGCAGAAUCCUCGUGAGCUUUUGACUAUGGACAUAACUUCAGGUCUAGCAAUUGAUUUUAACAUUAAAGAGAUUCCUGAAAAAGUAAACUGGGAGGAAUUAAUAUCUCGAGAUUCUGAGCAAUGGAAGUGGCAAAUGGCCGUGUCUAAGCUCUUUGAUGAGCAUCCUAUAUGGCCUAAAGCAUCCAUUACUGAGCGAUUGCUUGAUGAAGGUCUAAAAUUUAACCGGUUGAUGCUUAAAAGGCUUAUGCUUGGAAAUGCAUACUACUUCUCUAAUGGACCCUUUCUCAGGUUCUGGAUCAGAAAAGGUUAUGAUCCUCGCAAAGAUCCAGAAUCUCGCAUAUAUCAAAGAAUUGAUUAUCGAGUGAAGCCACAAGUGCGGAGCUAUUGUGAGUCUAAUGCAGCAGCUAAAUUGAAGAAUAGAUGGAAAGAUUUAUGUGCAUUCAAAGUAUUUCCGACCAAAUGCAGUACAUCAUUACAACUAUUUGAACUUGCUGAUGAUUACAUUCAACAAGAGAUUAGAAAGCCCACUAAGGAAACAACUUGCUCUUUGGAAACAGGUUGGUUCUCAAGGCGUGAGCUUGCUCUUAUAAGAAACCGUGUGGAGGUUAGGUUUCUGUCAGUGUACCCAGAGCCGGGUGCGGGGAACUUACUGAAAACUGCUUCAGACCGCUUUGCAAGGUUAAAGAAGAUAUCAUUUUUGAAUCAUACCUUAAAACCUUGUCAAAAAGAACACCAGCACGUGAAUAAAGGCGACAAAGAUAAAGGAAAACAUGAAAAUCUUGGUGAUGAGAAUGAAGAUAGGAUAGAGGAAGUUGAGUACGAAGACGAAGAAGAUAGAAUAGAGACCGAUAACAGUGAAGAUGAGUCGGAUGCUGAAGCUCUGGAUCUGGUCGAUGAGGAAGAAGAAAUCCCCUUUCAGUCUCAGUCAAAUCCAGAUUGGGAGAACAACUCAAAAUUAUAUUUACAAGAGCUUUUUGGGAGUUUUCCAGUUGGUGAUCUUGGUGGUGACAAUAAACAAGACGACAAUGCUAGCGACGGGGAGUUUCAGACUUAUGAGUUGGAUAGUGAUGGUGAUUACUCAGAUGAGUAACCUUCGAUCCUAGCUGUUGAUAUGGAUGGAGGUAUUUAUUUUUACGGGAAGUUUCCGACUCAUGAGCCUAAUAGCGACAGUGAUUAUUCAGACGAGUAACCUUUGAUUCUAGCUGAUGAUAUGGAUAGAGGUAUUUAUUUUUCCAACCUUAUUUGCUGGGUCUGUUACUCAAUCUUUGACCACUUUACAAAUCUAAGCUGCAAUAACAUUAGAGGUGUAAUAUAUAGGAAUUUAUCUUACAUUUUAUAGUGCUGGUUUGAUUUUUAGCUUCAUUGUAAGUACUAUUUUGUUGAAAAACUUUACAUUUAUAGAGGUAUGUAAUGAAUUUUGGGGAAAA